GGCCAGGGUCCGGUUCCGGUUCGUACGUAGCUAUCUCCGCCUCAGCUCUCGCGCAGCUCCCAUGUCCGGGGAAGUCUCGCGGCACCAACGCAGCUACAGCUGCUGGCGAUGUGAGCCCAUCUUCCUGGUCGGCUGCGCAUGAUCUACCAUUCUACCCUGUGCUCAGCUGUAAGCCGGGCAGUGCCGAGUGAUACAGAGCUGCUGCCACUGCUACUCUCUACCGCCCUAUGCAGACGUGGAGCCUCGUCUUUGAGGCUCUGCCACCGCUGUGAUGAGCCUCAUCAUGAGUAGCUACUGCAAUGUCAUAGCUCGAGAAUUUUUGUCAGAUGUUAACAAGCUAUGCAGUGCGGGAAGAGAAAUCAGGGAUGAUGAAGAAGAGGAAAGCCACAUGGCAGUACUUGUUGAAUACCUCAUGAAAGGGCGUGGACUUUUUCUGCUCAAUACUCUCAAUAGCAAUGUUGAUCAGGAUCUCACCUGUAGAGAGGAACUCAUUACUCUUAUUUUGUCUCUUCUGCCACUGGUGUGGAAAAUUCCGGUUGAUGAAGAAAUGACCAGAGAGUUAAAUCCAUGUUCUGCUGAAAUUGAAUCUUUUCCUGCUAAAGAAAGUCUGCCAAAUCUUCAGAAAAAGACUGAUGGUGAAGGGACUUCCCAUUUUGACUGUUUACAUACAUUAAAUGUCAACUCACUGCCCCAUAAAUCAAGACGUCAGUCCAAAAACAUACCUCGUUCUUUAAAGGAGGGAAAAAAACUACUAUCUUCAUCAGACUCAGAAGCAACCUUGGAUGACAAGUCCUCAUUGAUCAAGCAGAGACAUCCACAAAUUUUAAAACCACCUUCUGUAUACAAUGUACAGGAGUCUAGCAUAACUGAUAAAGGUCCAGUAUUGCAGAAAGCGGAAGGCAAACCAAAUGUAGAUAUCAGGAUUUGUGAGAUUCCAAUAGAGACACAUUCAUUACAAGAAAUUGGCUCUCUGAAAAAUAAGACAACCUCCCCUUUUGAUCUUUGUCAAAUAUUGUUGUUUUUGCUUGAAAAAGUCUGCAGAUUUGAUAUAACAUUAAAUCAUAGUUCUUCACUUUCUGCUUCUGUCAUUCCAGCAUUAAUAGAAUAUCUAUCAGGUUUUGGUGAUUGCUAUUCACCUGUAAGGGCAACACUACCAACAGGUUGGACUGAGGAGCCUGUUGCAUUAGUGCAGAGGAUGCUGUUCCGCACCGUGUUAUGCCUUCUGUCAGUAGACAUUAGCAGUAAGGAUGUUAUGCCUGAUAAUCUUCGAAAAAAUCUUACUGAUUUGUUAAGAACAUCUUUGAAAUAUAAAUCGUACUUAAAUAAAAAGACGUAUUUACACCAAAAGCAUUUAAUGCAAGAAGUUGGUGACAACUUCAAAUUACCACAUUAUCAUCAUGAAGCUUUUUUGAUACCUGAACUCCUUGAAGGUGUUUUGCAGAUCAUAUUAUCAUGUCUUAAGAGUGCAGCACCGAACCCUCUUUAUUUCAGUCAAACUAUUGAACUUUUGCAUGAGUUUAUACAGCAUAGUGGAUUUGAUCUUUUUGAAAACACAAUCCUUCGAAUGGAAUCUAUAGGUUUGCAAUAUGAAACUCUCUAUUCUCAGGCUGCAGACCAUGUAUUAAUACUGAUCAGUAGUGUAACAAAAAUAAUCAGUGUGAUAAAAAAAGUAAAAUCUGAGCAACUUCAUCAGUCAAUGUGUAUGAGAAAAAGGCACCGGCGAUGUGAAUUCUCACACUUUAUGCAUCAUCACAGAGACCUUUCAGGGCUUCCAGUUUCACUUUUCAAAAGUCAAAUUUUCAAGAAUCCUUUUGAAGAAGAUGCAUGUGGAGAAGUCCACUAUCCUGAAAGGAGUUGCUGUAUCGCAGUGUGUGCACAUCAAUGCUUGCAUUUACUUCAGCGUGCAUCAGAGAAUGCUACAUGCCUACAGAUUCUCUUCGGUAUCCAGAAUGUUGGAAUUUGCUGUUGCAUGGAUCCCGCAUCUGUUAUCACACCUCUUCUUUAUGCUUUUAAGCAGCCAGCCUUAAAAAAUGUACAACACCAAAUCCAAGCUAUCCUUGCAGAUCUUUUAUUGGAUCAGUUGGGUGGAGGUGAAAGUCUGCCUACUGUUAAACAAGUGUCUUGCAACAUAUGUGUUAUGGAUGGUGAUCAUUUAGCUGAAUUGCAGGAUACAAUUCAUGGCAAAGCUGAGUCAACUUCUUUAACUGGUUUGUGUAGCACAUCUUACAGGUUUCAAGGUGUUUUACCAAGCAGUGGCUCAGAAGACAUGAUGUGGAAAUGGGAUUCCUUGGAAGCUUAUCGGGAACCUGUUUUUGGAGAUAAUCCAUUACUGAGUUUGCAGAUUGCUGACCACAUUUGCCACCUAAUCCAAAAAGGAAAUGCAGUUAUUAAGUGGAAAAUAUAUACCCUUCUUUUUAAUGGAGUCUUGCAAAGAGGGGUGGAGAUGGCUCAUCAUUCUCAACAGAUGGGCAUUUCUACAAUAUGCAGCCAGACAGGCAGCUGUCACAAAAGUUGUUUACCAGAAGAAGUGAUUAAGAUUUACUUAAAAGUUUUACCGGAAUUACUGAAAUCCAGGGUAAUGCAAGAAAUAUUUUUGAAUUCUAAUGGUCUGAAUCAAAUUACCGAGCUUAAUUAUUUGGAUCCUCUGAGGUGUUUCUGUUUGAAAAUAUUCGAAGAACUUAUUUGCUUUGGAGAACAGCAGAGUCCUUUGCUAGACAUUGGAAGCAACGAUACAAACCCAAUUGUUUUGGAUUUCCCUGUUCAUCUUUUAAAACCCCAACAAUGCUUAAAUGUUUCUCAGAAUUUAUGUAAAGUCUACAGUGAUCUGAAAGAAUCAUGUCCAAAGAAAAGAGAGGAUAUUCAUCAGAAAAUUAACCUGAUAAACCUACUUCUAUGUUUGGCGUUUUUGAGUGUGAGCAAAGAUGCAGAGUCUGAUCUGGAAUCUGUCAAUGAGUCUGAGGACACGUCUGGUUAUGACAGCACUGCUAGUGAACCGCUCAAUAUUUUACCAAAGCUGAAUGUUGAAAGCUUGGUCUUUCCAUUCCCAGAACAAAUACACCGAGCAGCAGACAUUUGGUCAAUGUGUCAUUGGCUUUACCUGACAAAUUCAAUGUUCCAGAAGCAAUUUUACAAAAUUGGUGGCUUUGAUGUGUGUUACAGACUUGUCCUUAUGAUGAUCCAGAAAUUUUCUAGUUUUGACGAUUUUAGCAGUCGGACUCAUUCUACAUCAUGCUCUGAAAAAGUAAACCAAAUUGUGGAAGAAACUUGUGGGAUUAAAUCCUAUAAAAGUGAAUUUGAAAGUCAACAUCUAUGUCAUCAUCCUCAACUUGCAACAACUGAAACUUCAAGUGUAUUACCUGUGCCUACAAAUUAUGUGAAAGAGUGUUCCAUUGAAGCAGUAAGAUUGUUUGAAGCGUCAUUAGCUAUUUGUCUCCAUAGUGCACAUAACAGCCAACUGAAAAUAGAUUUGGAAACAUCUCAGAAUCUGUCAAUUCAACAUCUAAUGCUUGAAAUUCAGGAGCUUCUUGCAAAAUCAAGAAUACUUCAGACUAACCUUGCCCCACAUAUUUUUGAUUGCCUUCUCCGUAUUGCUGUGUCAGAUUUUUCUUUUGUGUCUGAUAAUGUUGAGGAGCAAAAAGAAAAGGUCCACAAAACUGAUCAGCCAGUCUUAAAACAUGGAGAUAUCUGUGAAGAAGCGGAUGAAGUUCAUAGUUGUAAUUUAAGUCUUUUUGCUGAGGAAGAAGGAUAUGAAGCGGACAGUGAAAGUAAUCCAGAGGAUGCAUCUGAGGAUGAUGAAAAGAAAAUUGACGUAGAAGAAAUUGGAAGCACAACUGACCAAAUAGAGGCGAACAGUGAUGGAGAAUUAUUAUAUCCAGAAAUUUGUGCGGUAGUGCUGAAUUUGCUGUCUGGCGAUCAUACAAACCUCACCUUGAUUACUAGUGUCUUCUACAGCCUCUUGAAAAUUAUGAAGACAAAGAAAAAAAACAUUUUACUGCUAGUACAGCAAGGAACAACAAAAACUUUACUGAUGGGAUUUCAGUUCAUUUUAGCAAACACUGAUCCUGGAAUAGAAGAAUGUCAUGAAGUACUGAUUGACCUCUUGGUCACAUUAAUGAGCUACAGCAUCAGUUCAGAUGAGCUAGCGCUAUUCCUCCAUUGUUUUCUGGAGAAAACCUUACCCACUGAAAUGCUUCUAAAAGGAAUUCUGAGUAUUACAGAGGCAAACAACUGCAUGGUACCUCUGAAAUUCAUGACGUUUCCUCUUCAGCAAAACCUAACUGGAGCAAGCAGUGCUGCACAGAAAUCUACCGCUUCAACCAGUGGAAAAAUCACAGGACUGUUUAGAAGAACAAAAGUUUUGCAAAGUAAAGAUAUUCAUGGUGAAAAUUUGCUUUCCGCAUGGCGCAUUGCUCCUAUUCAUUUACCUUUGAUUGGGCAGAAUAUGUCGGAUGGUUUUAGUUUUACAUUGUGGAUGAAACUGGAGUACAACUUCGAAUCGGAUAUUUUGAUGAGUAAAGGAAAACAAAGCAAGAAAAAAAAUAAGCAGUUUCUUGUUCACACGCAAAAUACAGUUUCCAAGAAUAUUGGACCAGAUUGUUCCACUUCUGACUCACUUGUAGAUGAUGGCUGUAUGCAUGUGGUUUCCAUGGGUUCUAAGGUGCUGAUGAUGCAGAUCUGGGUCAGCAUGACUACUGGGCGUUUUAUUUUUAGAGUGUGCACAAAUACAAAUGAUGAAUUUAAAUGUGCCCUCUUGGCACAAGUUGAAACACAAGACAAUGUUGUCCUUCCUGGAAGUUGGCAACAUUUGGCUUUCACAUACAAAGAAUUAUUUGAAAGUAAGAACAAAGUCUGCAGCAAAAUACAGAUGUGGGUCUCUGGACAGAGGAAAACAAAUGCCACAGUGGAAUAUAAUCCUCCAAGAAAAGGUAGCCUGCCAUCUGACAGCAACAAAGCUUUUUGUAUGAUUGGGCAUCAUAUGCCAUCCCAAGAAGACAGCACGCUAUUGGCAGGACAGCUGAGUUUGGGAAACUUGCUCCUAUUUAAUGGUCCAACACUUGGCAUUGAAGAGGCUUUUCAUUUAUAUUGUCGAGGUCCUGAUUUUACAUCAUUAGUGACUUGUAAGCAUGGUGAUAUUAUUAUUGACCAUUGCAAGUACAUUUCAAAGGAAAUUCUGCAGAAUGAGCACAUACAUGAUUUUCUCAUAAAAAAUAACGGAAUCAACAUGACUUCUUUAAUUGAAAAUCUUGCAAUUGUGUAUGAUAUGCAUAACCCUGCUUGUUACACAAUAUAUGAACCAGUAAUCAGGAUGAAAGGAAGCCUAAAAAUGCCAUCCUCUCAAAGACCAUUCAUUGCCAAAGAAGUUACUAGCAGAACAUUGGACUCGCAGUCAUUGAAGAUGCUACAGCCACAUGUUAAGAAAAAUAUACACAGUGUUCUGCACGAGAUUGGAGGAAUUGGAGCGAUUGUGUUUCUGUUUGCAAGAAUUGUGGAGAUCAGCAACUGUGAAAAGACGCAGUCAUUGGGAUUACAAACAAUAUUGUCUCUCACAAAAUAUGACCAACAGAGAAUACAAGAGAGUGAAAACUGCGAUAUUUACUCAAUGAUACACCAAGUCUUUUUAAGACCUAACUGUAUUGUGGGAUAUCAUAUGCUAAAGACUCUUCUUAAAGGAUGCACAGGUGACUGGUUACUCAGUACAAGUGAAAAUGAACAAUUUCAUCUCAAUGUUGAUACUACAUCUGUGAUCCAAGACAUCAGAUUACUAGAACACUUGCUGCUGGACUGGAAAAUUUGGUCAAAGGCAGAGGCUGGUGUCUGGGAAACGUUGCUGACCGCUUUAGAAAUAUUAAUCAGAGAUAAUCAUCCUCACAAGCUGUUUAAUAUAAAGCAGUUGCUAAAAGCCAGAGUGGUGCAUCAUUUCCUGCUUGCAUGUCAGGUUCUUCAGGAACACAGGGAAGGUUAUAUUGUAUCUAUUCCUCAAGAAGUUUGUAGAUCAUAUAUCAAAAUUAUUGAGGAAGUUCUUGGGUCACCUCCAGAAUUGGAUCUGCUUAGAUUGAUCUUCCGUUUCCUCUUGGCGGUCCAUCCACCAACAAAUACAUAUGUUUGCCAUAAUCCAAACAACUUUUUCUUCUCCUUACACAUAGAUGACAAGAUAUUUCAAGAAAAACUGAAAUCUGUUAUAAAUCAGAGACAUUCUACCUUUGGAGGAAGAUCCUCUGUCAGUCCUGAGCUUUCACGCAGAAGUCCCUUGGAAUUUUCUGUUGCAGUCCCUAAAGAUACAGAUGCCUCGCAACAACAAACACAUCUUUCUGUGAUAGAGAGGAUUCGGUCCAAGAGCUUGCCAGCAUCUCCAUCAUGUUCACCUAAAAUGCAUCCUAAAAGGUUAGGCAGAAGCUUGGGUAAGAGUACAGAAGACUUGACAGGUUCUGUAAGGAGUGACCAAGGUAUUCCAGACAAAACAUGUCAUUUGGAAUACAGAUUUGAAGUGCUUAAAAAAAAGGAAGAUCAGUAUGUAAGCAGCUGUGAGUCUGCACAAACCAUAUGUGAAUCAUUGCUGCUUUCUGAAUGUGUCACAAUUAUUGAGCCUUCCAAAGAAGACUUUGAAAGAUCUGCCUUCAGCCCGGAAAAUGCAAAUGACGCAGGCAAAACAGCUCCGUUUGAAGGUACUGGUGAAGUGUUGUUGCAGCGUCCUGAUUAUCUUAAAGGAAUUUACUCACAGCGGAAAGGGCAGAGUAAUGUCAGCUUUGCAUUUCCUACAAAUGGAUCUUUAACCAGUGCAAUUUGGACAGAUGUUCCGGAGAAGAAAAAUUCUGAAGAAUGGGGCAGCUUUCCCUUCUCCCCAAUUUUUGACCUUACGCACAGAGAUUCUGUCACAAUAGAGGAAAGAUCAAUGGAUGAUUGUAUUCACCUUGUGUGCUGUGGGUUUUAUGACCUUUUAUGCGGCGUGGUUCUUACAAUGCCCGAUGUUAUGGUAGCUGAUGUUCUCAAUGAAAUUAUUCAACCUGAUGUUCUGAUAGUAUUGGUCAACCAUCCAUCUUCUCUGAUUCAACAAGGAGUUCUAAAACUGUUAAAUGCAUAUUUUCACCGUGCAUCCAAGGAACAUAAAGAGGCCUUUUUAAAAAAAAAUGGGUUCUCCUUGCUUGCCAAUCAGUUAUACCUACACCAGGGAAGUCAGAGGGUGAUAGAAUGCUUGCUAGAGAUGUUUUUUGGACGCCAAUUUGGACUGGAUGAGGAGUUUGAGGUUGAAGAUAUAAAAGCAGUGGGUGUUUUUCGGAAGUGGUGUAUCAUCCCCAUACUUGGGUUAAUUGAAAAUUCCUUACAUGACGCCACCUUGUUGCACAAUUCAUUUUGUUUUUUGCUUCAGAUCCUUAACUCCUGCUCAAAAGUUGCUGAUAUGCUGCUUGAUAGUGGUUUGCUCUAUGCCUUGUGUAAUACGUUGGCAACUUUAUGUGGUAUUGAAACAAGUGUUUCCCAGGACGAAUAUAUUUUACUUGCAUGUGAUUUACAGCAACUGCUGAUAGCUGUCACAAUACAUUCCUGCAGUUCAUCUGGAUCUCAGUACUUCAGAAUUGUUGAAGACAUGAUUAUAAUACUUGGGCAUCUAAAUGAGAGCAAAAAUGAAAGGCUGCAAAGCAUGUCCGUUUUAAUGCAGUUCAAAAUUUUGCACUCCGCUAUUGAGUUCAUUAAGACAACCUCAAACCAAGACUCGCAAUCUGUUGGCAGUUCAUGUAGCUUCCUCCAAUUAUCUCAUGCAAAAUAUCCCAAGAGUAAAAGUAUUGCUGGUGCUCAAAGAUUAUCAUUUGCACAAUCUGAUCCAUUGUUAAUGACCAUGCGUUCAGUUGCAAGUAGUGAGCUUACGGAGCUGAUGCAGAGAAGAAUGAGCCAAGAAAAUCCAAUAAGAGCCUCUGAAGCUGAAUUUGUACAGAGGCUACGAAGACUGACCGUUCUUUCUGUCAAUAGGCUAAUUUACCAAGACGUCUCAGAAAAUAGGAUAUGUCCAGAAUCACAUUUUGAAUGUUCUGAAGAUGAGAUGCAAUUGAAUGCUUGCCAUGUUAAAAAUGAAUUUCAAAACGAGUUGUUUAAAAUAAUGGUUGAAGGAGUCAAACUAUCAUUGGGUUCAAGUAGAAGCGGUUCUCCCAAACAUCAGUGGAAAACAAUUCUUUUCUUAUGCAAUGACACCUUUCGUGUUCAGCUUGGAAGGCUUUUGGUACAUCUCUUAUCUCCAUCACAACUAAUUGGAGAUCGGAAAAAAGUCCUUGACCUAGUUAAUGAAUCUAAGCAUCAAGACAUUUUAGCAGAUUGUUUAAGUCCAGGUUUGCAGCAUGGACCCAAGUUGGCUCUGUAUUUGUUUGAACUAAUGCAUGAUCACAAAGAAAAUUUAACCAAAGAAGACCAGGCCAUGGGAGCUUUGCUUAUGGGGGCAUUAAAGCAGUCUGGUUACAAAUGUAUCCCUCCAAAUGUCCCGUUGAAGUUAGACCUAGUUAAAGCCACCAAAGAGGAACAGAAAAAAUAUGAGAAUGAAGAGAAUACGAACAAAGCUGCUUGGAAAAAGACUAUCCUGAAUAAUCAGCAAAAACUUUUUCAGCGCCUGGAAUCAAAAUUAAAGGAUAUUUCCAAAAUUGCUGGUGAUGUAACGCAAAGUGUGUCUUUGUCUCAGGGAAUGGAAAGAAAGAAUAUUAUACAACAUAUUCGCAGUAUGUACAAAGUAGAUUUAAGUGCAAGCAGACAUUGGCAAGAACUUGUUCAGCAACUGACUCAUGACGGGGCUCUUUGGUAUGAUCCGGAAUCAUACCCAUCAUCUUGUCAGCUGGAUCCAACAGAGGGUCCAAACAGAGAGAGAAGACGUUUACAAAGGUGCUACUUAACCAUUCCAAACAAGUACAUUCUCAGGGACAGACAAAGACAAGAAGAAUCUGUUAAGCCACCUUUAUCUUACCUUUUUGAAGACAAAACACAUUCUUCAUUAUCUUCUACUGUGAAAGAGAAAGCUGCAAGUGAACUAAUAAGGGUCAAUCGGAGAUGUAUAAAUGUUGCACCAUCAAGAGAAACACUUGGAGAACUCUUACUAGGCAAAACUGGGAUGUAUUUUGUUGAAGACUCUGCAUCUGACACCAUAGAAUCCAAUUCUUUGCUUGGUGAGUCGGAACCUGCCUCAUUUUCCUGGACUUAUGAAGAAAUCAAAGAAGUUCACAAGCGCUGGUGGCAACUGCGAGACAAUGCUGUAGAGAUCUUUUUAACAAAUGGAAGAACCCUAUUGUUGGCAUUUGACAACGCAAAAGUGCGAGAUGAUGUUUACCAAAAAAUAUUGACCAAUAACCUUCCAAAUCUACUGGAGUAUGGAAAUAUUACAGCUCUUACUCAGCUCUGGUGCUCUGGGCAGAUAACCAACUUUGAAUAUCUUACUCAUUUAAACAAGCAUGCUGGCCGAUCAUUCAAUGACCUAAUGCAGUAUCCAGUUUUUCCAUUCAUACUGAAUGAUUACACCAGCGAAACACUUGACCUGAGCAGCACCUCAGUUUAUAGGAAUCUUUCUAAGCCUAUUGCUGUACAAUCAAAAGAAAAGGAAGACCGGUACAUAGAUAAUUAUAAGUAUCUGGAAGAUGAGUAUUGUAAAGGAGACAGAGAGGAUGACCCAAUGCCUCCAGUGCAACCAUAUCAUUAUGGAUCACAUUACUCAAACAGUGGGACCGUGCUUCAUUUUUUGGUCAGAAUGCCUCCUUUUACCAAAAUGUUCCUAGCAUAUCAAGAUCAAAGCUUUGAUAUUCCUGACAGAACAUUUCAUUCUAUGAAUACAACGUGGCGUUUAUCUUCUUACGAAUCCAUGACCGAUGUAAAAGAGCUGAUACCAGAAUUUUUUUAUUUGCCAGAAUUUUUAGCAAACAGAGAAGGAUUUGAUUUUGGUGUGCGCCAAAAUGGAGAUCGCGUUAAUCAUGUUAACCUUCCCCCUUGGGCCAGAAAUGAUCCCCGACUAUUUAUCCUAAUUCAUCGUCAAGCCCUAGAGUCUGAUCACGUCUCUCAAACAAUAUGUCACUGGAUUGACCUGGUAUUUGGCUAUAAGCAGAAAGGACGUGCUGCUGUUCAAGCCAUUAAUGUGUUCCAUCCAGCCACUUACUUUGGAAUGGAUGUUUCAGCAGUAGAAGAUCCUGUACAGAGACGGGCAUUGGAGACUAUGAUUAAGACAUAUGGACAGACCCCACGUCAGCUGUUCCAGAGUGCACAUGUGUGUCGCCCAGGAUCAAAACUCCUAAUGGAAGGCGAACUCCCUGCUGCUAUGGGAUUGCUAGUGCAACUUGCAUUUAGGGAAAACCGGGAGAGCAUGAAAGAAAUUACAUACCCUAGUCCACUGCCUUGGAUACGAGGACUGAAAUGGGGAGAAUAUGUUGGUUCUCCAAGCGCUCCAGAUCCCAGUGUCUGCUUUAGUCAGCCUCAUGGAGAAAGAUUUGGUUCUUUGCAGGCAUUGCCUACCAGGGCCAUUUGCGGCUUAUCAAGAAAAUUCUGCUUGAUGAUCAGUUAUAGCAAGGAGCAAGGUGUUCGAAGCAUGCACAGCACGGAUAUCCAGUGGUCUGCAAUCCUUAGCUGGGGCUAUCCUGAUAACAUCCUGAGACUAAAAAGCAAACAGAGUGAACCCCCUGUGAAUUUCAUCCAGUGUUCUGAACUCCAUCAGGUCACAAGCUGUGCUUGGGUGCCAGACAGUUGUCAGCUCUACACGGGCAGCAAAUGUGGAGUUAUCACAGCAUAUUUGAAUCGUUUCACUAACACUACGCUUAUGGAAAUCGAGGUAGAAUCCCAAGUCCAUCUAUAUGGUCACACCGGAGAAAUAACCAGUCUGUUUGUGUGUAAAUCAUACAGUAUAUUAAUUAGUGUCAGCAAGGAUGGAACAUGCAUCAUAUGGGAUCUGAACAGGUUAUGUUAUGUUCAAAGUCUUACAGGCCACAAAAGUCCUGUAACUGCAGUUUCUGCUAGUGAAACAACAGGAGACAUUGCAACAGUGUGCGACUCAGUUGGUGGUGGUAGUGACUUGAGACUUUGGACUGUGAAUGGUGAUCUCAUUGGACAUGUACAUUGUAGAGAGAUAAUUUGUUCUGUUGCAUUUUCUAACCAACCUGAAGGAGUGUCAGUCAAUGUAGUUGCUGGAGGACUUGAAAACGGUAUUGUCCGGUUAUGGAGUACUUGGGAUUUGAAACCGGUUCGAGAAAUAACAUUCCCAAAAUCCAACAAGCCAAUUGUAAGCCUUACCUUUUCCUGUGAUGGCCACCAUCUCUACACAGCUAACAGCGAGGGUACAGUGAUUGGCUGGUGUCGCAAGGACCAACAACGCCUGAAAUUGCCUAUGUUCUAUUCCUUCCUCAGCAACUAUGCAGCUUGUUAAUAAUACAAAGAUUCAAAUUUUGAUAUAUUUUCUGAUAGUUUAUAUGCUUCCAUAUGCCCAUAGCAGUACUCUUUGAAAGGGGACACUUGCUCAAUAUAUAUUUUUAAUAUAUAAUGUAAAAAUAAAUAUAUUUGAAUUGCAAAAUACUCAAGAAUAUUUAUUGCCGAUGACAACAAUUUGUUGUCCCCGUGGCUGUUGAUAAAAAGCUUUAUAAAUAGAGUUUACUGUUUUCUACUUUUGGACCACCUACCAUUACUGUUCAUUCUCACAACCCCAUGUAACAAAUCAAGACAGGUCACCUUGUGAAACAGCUCAUUAACCAGGAGCCAGGAUAUAUUUAUACUGCAGCUUAUGGCCCUGGGAGACUCCAAAACCUCUGUUAAAGAGGACUGGACCACUCAUUGAACUUUGCUUUGAGCAGCUUCAUUACUACAUCUAAUGUGAUCUAUAAGUUGAGUAGUCCAGCUUCAGACAGCUCCAUGUUUACUAGUGUGGGAUUUAGUAUAGGGUAUGGGAUGUCCACAAGCAGAUAUAGAUAUAUAUAUAUAGAUAGAUAUAUAUAUGCACAGUACAUCUCCACUUAAUAUACACUGUUCAGGGCAGCAUCCAAGGUCUUAAUAGAAGAAAACACUGAACUCUAUCCCAUAAUGCAGGGAUUCCCAACCACGGUUCUUAAGGCAAAUUAACAGUCCAGGUUUUAAGGACCACUAUUACUUGAGCACUUUUUACUCAAUUAGUACCUCCGUUAUUUUGAAACCAUCUGUGCUGAAGCAUGGAUACCAUAAAACAUGUACUGUUAGUGUGCCCUGAGGAAUAUGGGAUAUCUAUUUAAUGUGCAAUAUUUUCAUCUGUGAAGACCUUGGAGUGCUGCCUUUUAACAGUAUGUAUAUAUGUGUGUGUGUUUAGGGAUGCAGUUAAUAUACUGCCUGUUGGGAUCCCGGCAUUCAGUAUACAGACGCCGGAAUCUUGACAGCCGGGAAAAUGACGGCGAUUAGAAUUCCGACCACAGCCCAUAUUCCCACUCGGCAAUGGGUCCACACGAUGAGUGGGAAUAUAACCUGUGGGGAGUGAAGCUUGGUGCCGGGAUUCCGGCUGACAGGAUGCCACUGUCGGAAUAGUGACAGACGGCAUCCUGUCUGCCAGUCUCCCGUAUGUAUACCUGUGUUUUAUAUAUAUAUAUAUAUAUAUUGUAUGCAAAUAUUGGCAAUGGAAUAUUAAAUUAUUGUUUACUGGAGAUUUGUUCUUCCUUAUUUUGUUACUGAUUAUACAACUGACAUGACAGUAAACCAUAUGCAACCUAAGCACUUUGAAGACAAGCCAUAAAGAGGCAAGCGGUCCACAUUAUAGAAAUUGUAAAUUGCAUUGUCAUGAAUAGUAAAGAAAAUAUGUGGACCAAUGACUGAAUACUGGUGAUCAAAAAUUAUUUUUUUUCACAAAACUCUUUCCCUUGUGACCAUUGAGAAAAUCUGCGUUUCGCCGAACCCUUUGGCAAAUGCUUACUCUGUACACUCAGGCCUGAACAGUGACUGUGAGUGAGCACAGUGAGACAGUGGACAGCACUGCUUGUAUUUACAAGCGCUUGCAGCAGCUUGGAAGCUUUCAAAGUGAAAUGCAUUACAGACGCCUUAUAGCUGCCCCAUGUAUGAGGCCUUACUGUGUCACUUUGUAGAAAUAUUAAAACACGAUGGACACGAUGGAUUUUUAUGUUACAAUGUUAUGUUAUGAUAAAAUGCAUUGAUGUUUUGUUUUGCAAUCCAUGAAGUGAUACUGUUUUGUCUUUAAUACCGUAUGUUAGAUAUUAUACUACAAAAAAAUAAAUUAGAGUUUUGUUAUGUGUAUUUGCAGUCACUUUUUAUAGGGGAUUCUGGAGUUUAUCCAAGUUUGUUAUUAAACCAAAAAAACACAUUAAUGGGCCAAACCAUGUUGCACUGCAGGUGUUUUUUUGGUUUGCUAACAAACCUGAAUAAGGACCUCUGUCCUUAGACGACUUUAGAUUGUACAUGUCUUCGUAACGUUUCACUACAUACCGUGCUUUGUUGUAUUAGCUUGUUUCUGUGUUUUCCCACAAGACCUCUCUUAUUUUAUAUUUUAUUUGCCUUAGGACAUAACACAACUGCUCUGUUCUAUGUAUUGGAUGUAGCUGUAGGCAUCAACAGUUCUCUAAUAUGUCCAAGAACAGAGAAGAAAAAUAGUUGUCCUGGCUUUACUGAAAAGCACAGAGGGGAUCCAGAAAGAUAAAGCAAGGUGUUUAAUGAAUGCUGCAUGAGCAAAUAACCUAAAGUCACCUGAAAGUGGAUAAAACCUUUAUAAAGUUGUCAUGUUCAGUGUGCAUUCAUAAAUUGCUCUGCUGUGUUUCUAUAAUGUUCUACCAAUAAACUACAUAUAGCUGUUAUCUACAAAA